AUGAUGGAUAGCCCAUCAAAGCGCCGCAAGAAGAAUGAUGGCUCGAGCAAACCAGUGCGCAAGUUGGACUUCUUCUUCGCCAAACAAACCGCAAAAGCCACGGCUGCCACGACAGAUGCGACACAGAACACAACUGAAGCCAAUCCGCCCCAAGUCAUAGACCCUUCCAAUCUUACGGAUGAAGAGUACGCCAGAAAACUACAAGAAGAGUGGAACAAAGAAGCUCAAGAGCAACCCCCGAAAGAGGACAAGCAGUCUAGGUCCGAUGAACUCUACAGAGACCCCAGCCCAUCAGCAACGACUGGGGUGAAGGGCGGUGAUGCGAAGAAGGCAGAAGAAGCGGGUUCUACUGAAGUUUCGAUACCAAUUGUUGAGUCUGCAGCAUCGAGACAGAAAACACACACUCUCUCGCUACAGUCGACCGCGACCGAGGAGGACACCAUUACCGCCAACAUACCCUUCGAUCAGAGCCCACUCGAGUUCGACCCAUCGAAAUACAUACCAGACCUCCAAAAGCAUUGGACAGCAGACGGUGGCCGAGCAACAUAUGCGCUGUUGACACGAUGUUUCAUCCUAAUCAACAGCACCACGAGUCGUAUUAAAAUAGUAGACACUCUCGUCAACCUUUUACGAACCAUCAUCGAAAGCGAUCCCAAAAGUCUGUUACCUGCCGUUUGGCUAGCAACCAACUCGAUAUCGCCUCCAUACAUUGACCUCGAACUUGGCCUCGGCGGUUCAGCAAUCUCAAAGGCUCUGAAGAAGGUCUGUGGAUUGGACAAUGCAGGUCUGAGAACACUCAACAACAAGUACGGUGACGCAGGAGAUGUGGCAUUUGAAGCAAAGAAGCGCCAGUCGUUUACUUUGCGGAAACCGAAGCCUCUGACAAUCAAGAGUGUGUUCGGUUCUCUGGUCAAGAUUGCCAACAGCAAGGGAAAUGGCAGCGUAGAAGUCAAGCAAAGGAUUGUCGAGAGACUGAUACAAGAUGCACGGGGUGCAGAAGAGAGUCGAUACAUCGUCAGAACGUUGGUGCAGCAUCUGAGAAUAGGUGCAGUCAAGACCACCAUGCUGAUUGCGCUAUCGCGCGCGUUCCUCUUAUCGAAGCCGUCAAAUGCCGAAUUCGAGACUCGCAAUCCGAAAGAUCUUGCCAAACUGAAAAAGGAAGAUCUCGUUGAGAUAUACAGUAGGAACGAAGAGAUCGUUAAAGCAUGCUUCGCCCGGAGACCGAACUACAACGAUAUAAUACCGGCGUUGUUAGAGAUAGGCGUAGGUGACGAGCUGUUGCUGCGAUGCGGUUUGGCAUUACACAUACCGUUGAGGCCUAUGUUGGGCAGUAUUACACGUGAUCUGGGCGAAAUGCUCACCAAGCUACAAGGUCGAGACUUCAGCUGCGAGUACAAGUACGACGGCCAGAGAGCACAGGUACACUGUGAUGAGAAGGGAAAGGUCACGAUCUUCUCAAGACACCUGGAAGUUAUGACAGAUAAGUAUCCGGACCUAGUCGCGCUGGUUCCCAAGAUCAGAGGCGAGGGUGUGUCCAGCUUCAUCCUCGAGGGCGAAGUUGUGGCGGUAGACCGCGAAUCAGGCGAACUGAAGACGUUCCAAACACUUGCCAACCGAGCUCGAAAGGAUGUCAUCAUCGGAUCCGUCACCAUCGACGUCUGCCUUUUCGCCUUCGAUCUGAUGUACCUCAACGGAGAGGAGCUUCUCAACCGCCCAUUUCGAGAGCGGAGAGACAUGCUACGCAGUCUUUUCGUCGAGAUACCCCACAACUUCACCUGGGUCAAGAGCCUAGACGCCACAUCUGCCGAUACUGAAGUUGUAUCCGACUUCUUCAAGAGUGCCUUGGAACUAAAGUGCGAAGGCAUCAUGGUCAAAGUGCUCGACAACCUUCCCGACCCCGAUCUCCUCGACGAGCUAAACGAAGACGGCACACCCUCCCUUCCCCCAACGCCGAAGAAAAAGAAGCCCGCCAAACCCAAAAGCAAGAGCAAAUCAGCACCCAUCCCGGAUCCGGAAGCCGACGAGCCCAAAAAGCCCGGCCGCAGAAAAGCGCUCCUCGCGACCUACGAACCGGACAAGCGUCUCGACUCAUGGCUCAAGGUGAAAAAGGACUACUCCUCGACCUCAGAAACGCUCGACCUCAUCCCCAUCGGCGCCUUCCAUGGCUCCGGGCGCAAAGCCGCCUGGUGGUCCCCAAUUCUACUCGCGAUCCGCAACGCCGAGACGGGCUCGCUCGAAGCCGUGACAAAGUGCAUGUCCGGCUUCACCGACGCCUUCUACAAAGCGAACCGUGCGAAAUACGACCCGGACGACCCGGACAGCACAACGACGCUGCAAGGGAAGCCGCACUACGUCGACUACAACGGCGGCGCGGGUUGGCCGGCUGUCUGGUUCGAGCCUACCGAGGUCUGGGAGGUGGCGUUUGCGGAUCUGACGCUCAGUCCUACGUACACGGCGGCUAUUGGGCUGGUGAGUGAGGAGCGCGGGCUGAGUACCAGGUUUCCGAGGUUCUUGCGUGUGCGCGACGACAAGGGAAUUGAUGAGGCGACGGAGGCCGGUGAGCUGGCUGCUCUGUAUAGGAAGCAAGAGGCACGGCCGGAUAGGCAAGCGGAGGGCAAGGAGGUGGAUGAAGAGGAUGUGGAGUAG